AUGUCUAACCGUCUUUACAGUAAGGGCCGUGUCUUGGGUUAUGAACGUGCUAAGCGUAACCAAAACCCCAACGUUUCUUUGCUCCAAGUUGAAGGUUGCCAAACUUCCAAGGAUGCUCAAUUCUACCUUGGUAAGCGUGUCGCCUAUGUCUACCGUGCUCAACGUGAAGUUAACGGUUCCAAGAUCCGUGUUAUUUGGGGUCGUAUUGCUCGUGCUCACGGUACUAGCGGUGUUGUCAAGGCUCGUUUCCGUAAGAACUUGCCUCCCAAGACUUUCGGUGCUUCUGUUCGUGUUGUAAGUAUUACCUCGAAUAUCUUUGAAUAG